GCUUCCGCCCCUCCACCGCCGCCUCCGCCCGCCCACCCUCCUCCUCUGCUGCCCGCCCCUCCUCCAGCGCCCCCAGCCGCAUCACCUCGCUUCCCUGCGGCCACUCCUUCUGCGCCUCCUGCAUUGCCCCCUGGCUAGCUGCGCACGACACCUGCCCCACCUGCAGGUGGAGCUUCCCGGCCGCGCAGACGCAGCUGGUGCCGGCGGGAGGGUAGCGGGGUGCGGGUGCGUCCGGGCUGAGGCUUCGGCUGCACAGGGUGCUGGAGACGCAAGGCAAGCAUGAAUUCCCUGCAGUGUGGGGCCGGGUUCAUCACCCUUGUUGUUAUCUCCUCGGCAUUGUCGGUAACCAGAAUAUAUUCCAUUCCUUAGAAUUGGGAGGAGGUUUGGCGCAUGCAUGUGCCGUACAGAGUGGCCGGAGCGUUUGGCAGGCAGCUUACGUGUGUGAGAGGAUGCGACUGCGCUGCUAGGUCGGAUGAGCCGCCGAGAAGAGCGCAACUGGGUGUGUGUGUGUGGGUGAGGGGCUGAGGUGUGGUUGCGGUCGAGGCAGCUGAGGUGUGGUAAGGCCGAACGCUGGCCGUGCUGGCAGCCCUGGAGUGUAGCAGGCGUGGCAGUGCGAACGGGUGUGUGGCCGUGUGCGAAGGGAUAAAGGAAAACAGCGUUGGGUGGAAUGAAUGGGGCCGUACAUAUCAAGGCAGGUUGUGGUAACGAUGAACGGAAGAUAAGUCGCUUGAGAGGUUGGGCAGGUCCGCGGGUCAUCAAUGUCAUGGAUGCAAGGAUUUAGCCUGACACGCGGUCAUGAUGGUGUAGUUGCGUUCUAGCUCACUGUUCGUAGUACUGUCCCAAAAUUGCCGUCGGGCGAGGAAUGCGAUUCCGUCGAGCUCCUAGUGCCGCUCUGGAACCAUCGCGAAUUGGAAUACUGCGACAAGCAAUGGCUUUCUGCACCGAAAUGAGAUAUUAUUAUACGUACUACCGUGCUAAAUACAAAUGCGAGCUUCUUUGUAGUUGCUUCCUUGCUCGUUGCCGCAAACGUCGCGGCGCCUAACGGAAUUGCCGAUCUACAGCUCUCGCAAACUUACAAGCAACAGUAACUUCUUUAUAGCCAGCAUUAUAAACCUUUGCCACAUCUGAUCAGUCCUUUCGACGUCCACCGCUUCUGGAGUCGCCAUGUCGGUCGUCGUCCCACCGCAAGCCAAGCGCGUGCGCUAUGUCUAUAUCCCCGCAGACAUCCAUGAGCCCCUUCAGGAGCGCGAGGUGGAGGUGGAGGAGGGUCGCGAGGUGGAAUCGCUGCUGGACCCGCUGAAGGAACAUUUCAAGCGGGCGGGCGGGGUCAAGACGGAGGCGCAGCGGGAGGCGCACAGACAGCAACUGGUACAGCAGGUGGGGGCGGAGGCGGCUGCCAAGCUGAGUGACCAGAUGAUGGCGGCGGCGCUGGACAUACAGAUGGUGGAGACGCUACCGCUGCUGGUCAACAACCCCGCCAGCGGCUACAUGGGGGUCAACAUGUACUGCGACGACCAGGCGCAGAUCAAGGAGCUGACGUACAACGCACGAGCCUCACAGAUUGCAGAUUGCUGCGGCAGGCCCAUGCAGGUCCGCGGCGACGCCUUCCUGUCGCGCAUGUUCGACAACGAGGACUCCUUCGUACGUCUGGACCUGCGGCUGGGCGAGGUGAGCAGCGGGGCGGAGUGGGUGGCGGCGGCGGCGGCGCAGGCGGCGCGACGGAUGCGGGAGGGCGACCGGGCAGCGGAGUUCAUGGCCAAAAUGCAGCAGCAGCAGCAGCAGCAGCAGCAGCAGCAGGGGAGUGGCAAGAAGGAGCAGGGAGGCAAGCAGCAGCCCAGCGCGACGGUGCGCGAGCUGAGCCCGGCGGAGGCGGAGAAGGAGGCGGGCAACGCUGCGGUGCGGUCGGGCGACUGGGCGGCUGCGGUGGCCCGCUACUCCGCCGCCCUGCAGUUGCAACCCGACAUGACGUCGGCGGCCAACAACCGGGCACUUGCGCUGCUGCGGCUGGGGAGGCACGCGGAGGCGGAGCAGGACUGUGGCAUGGUGCUGUUCCGCGAGCCGGGUAAUGUGAAGGCACUGCUGCGGAGGGCGGCUGCGCGGAGGGCGCUGGGGCGGCCAGAGGAGGCGGCGGAGGACCUGAGGGCUGUAUUGUCCCUGGAGCCUCACAACAAGGAGGCGGCUGCGGAGCUGGCCAAGCUGGCACCCCAGCUGCA